AUGUCACUCGAGGAAGAGCAAUCCACACGAGAAAAGAACAAGCAGGUGGUGUCUGAAUACACAACCGAAUUCUGGGGCAAUGGUAAUACAGAUGUUGUGGAUAAACUUUGCGCUGACGACUUUGUGUCUGACUGCCCCUUACACGGCCGAAGGCAAGGAAAAGCUCAAGUGAAGAAGAUGAUACUGGAUUUUAGAGAGGCAAGCCUUUACCUUCAACCCCAGCGAGUCGCUUUUCCCGAUUUCGUAAUCCAUGCAUAUGGAUCAAUUCCCAUGAUAGCAGAAAAUGACUAUGUGGUGGUACGCUGGAUUGGUGGCGGCAAACAUACUGGUCCUGCGUUCGAUGACCUGCCAAUCGGCCGGCUCCAAGGCCAGAAUACGGGCAGGGUAAUCCAAUUCUCUGGCACAACAAUUUAUACCUUGAGGGACGGCAAAAUCAUCGAGGAAGUGGCCGAGGAGGGUGCGCUGACUGCACUCCAGCAGCUGGGAAUACUUAGCAGUGCGAGCACUGCUGAUUGA